UAAAAUGUUCUAAAGUCGUAAUCAGUUACCUUGAAACAACUCUACCACUCCUCUUCCAACUUCCCGAAUUCAUUUCCUCGCCAAAAGUAUCCAACUCCACCGCCCACCGUCGCCCAAGGGAAAACUGCCUAUAAUAAAUGGAUUCAAUUCUCCAUGCUCAAUCCCUAUCCCUCACUCGCCUACGCGCCACUUCGACCUUCACUCGCCACAUGCCUUGCCAGCUCAUCUUCCGCCCCGUCCACCGCCUCCUCUUUCCGUUAUCGCCCCUCAACGCUAGCUUUGGUUCUCGCAGGUCCGUUGUUGCUGCUAGCGGCACUCUCACCGCCAAUUCCGUUUUGCCAAGAGGUGGAGUAUAUACAGUUGGAGAUUUUAUGACAAGAAAAGAGGAUUUGCAUUUGGUAAAUCCAACAACAACUGUUGAUGAAGCACUGGAAGCUCUUGUUGAACACAGAAGCACCGAUUUUCCUGUUAUUGAUGAUGAUUGAAAACUGGUUGGACUUGUUUCUGAUUAUGACUUGCUAGCAUUGGACUCCAUAUCUGGGCAGUGGACUGAGAACGACUUGUUUCCUGAAGUUGAUAACACUUGGAAAGUAAGCAAGAAUUGUCUCUCUUCUUGAUGUAGAUGCAUCUUGCUUUAUCAGAACUCGUUGCCUUUCACAUAGUUUUAUAUUAUUCAUUUUCAGGACUUUUAAAACAUUUAACUCCUGUUAAUUAUAUCUUAUAUCGGGAAUAACCGUUUUCUCUCUCGAUAGCAGGUUUAUUGAUUUUGGGUUUUAGGGUUUCUUUCCCUGGUUUUCAUCGUUCGAGUAUGUUGAAAUUUGCUGAGAUGGAUUCUGUUUGACUGCUCUUCGCCAUAGAUUGGAGGAGUUUGUUUUCUGGCGUUGAGGAGCAAUCGCUGGACUUCUUCCCUCCGGAGUGCUGUGAGGGUGCUACGACGGUAGUUCCUCCGGUUGAUGUUUUUGAGGAGGGGUUUUUGGAGUGGCAAUUCUCUCUGGUGGGGCAAGUUAUUGGGUCGGCUCCCAAUUUUGGUUCCUUGCAGAAACUGGUGGAGAUUAUGUGGGGGAAAUCGAUGGUCAAGGUUAGUAUAGCUGGUUCUAACCUUUAUGUUUUCUCAUUUGUUAAUGGGGCUAGUCGUGACUGGGUGUUUGAGAACGGCCCCUGGCAUAUUCAGCACAAGCCUUUGGUGUUGAGAAAGUGGGAGCCUAAUCUAAAGCGGCUUGAUUUUAAUCUGGAAAGGAUGCCAAUUUGAGUUCAGCUCUUCAAUGUUCCUCUUGAGCUGUUCUCCAAGAAAGGGCUGAGUUAUAUAGCUAGUGCCAUGGGUGUUCCAUUGUACAUGGACUCAAUCACGACUGCUAAGGAACGACUAGAAUUUGUUGAGGCUUGCGUUGAGGUUGGUGCUAGGUUGCCUCGUUCGGUUGCAAUCAGGUUGCGAGAUGGGUCUAUUUGUACUGUGAAGGUGAUCAUUCCUUGGUUCCCUUCGUGCUGCUCUAAAUGUAGAAUAUUUGGUCACUCGGAUAAGAUGUGCACUGCUGGUGGAGUUGAAGGAAGGAAGGAGUGGAGAGUUAAGGAUAAGGCUCCUGAAAUGUCAGACAAAUUGAUUGUGUUGGGUAAUUCAGAUCAAGGGAGAGUAAAAAGUAGUGUGGGACUACCUUUGGUUGAAACUGGUCUGCAAGCUAUUAUAGAAAAGGAGAAUGUUGGGCAGAAUCAUGCUGCUGAUAAUGAUAUUACUGGGUUAGUUUUUGAGAAUAAUGAGAAGGCAGGGGAGUUGUCUCUUAAGAAACAAUUAACUAUUGUUGUAGUUAAUGAUAUGUCUAGGCCAGUUCAAGUUGUUAAUGAAAAGACUGGGGAGCUUUCUAUGGAGGUUCAAUCAGUUGUUGGGAAAACAAUGACUAAUAUGAUAUUAAGCAAGGCUGCUGGCUGUUUAGUACAAGGGAAUUCUAAGGGGGAUGAUGCUUUGCCUCUUGAUCCUGCAUCUAAUCGAAGAGGCAGGGGAAAAAAGGUGAAAAGAAUAAGGGACAUGUUGGCUCUUCUAACAAAUUCAAAGUUCUGGGUUCUUUGUUGGAAGAGGUCGAGGGAGUGGGUAGGAGGCCUAGAUUAGCUUCCCAAGGUGUUGUUAACAUCCUCCAGGAAAUGAAAGUAAAGAAGAAAGAUAAUCUUGAUAAGACAAAGAAGCUUGGUGAAGUGGGAAGCACAAACAUUAUCUCUGUCUCAUGACUGUGGUCUUUUGGAAUGUUAGGGGAUUUAAUCAUCCCAAAAAAUAGAAAAGUAUUAUGAGUCGUAUUGAUAAUAUGCAAGCUGAGGUUAUAUGUUUGCUUGAAACUCGGGUUAAAGAGAAUAAGGCCAUUGAUGUUAUUGCACAGUUUGUUGGAGAAUGGAAUUAUUGUUGCCCGGAAAAUGGCAGAAUAUGGGUUAUAUGGAAGAAGUACUUGUAGUUUUCAGUUCUGAAAGUGGAUGAUCAGUCUAUUUCCAUUUAGGGUUGUUAGGGGGGUAAGAGUGUUAUUAUUUCUGUUGUGUAUGACAGUAAUAGUGGUGCUUCUAGAAAAAAGCUCUGGAGUCAACUUUCUGAUGUUAGUAUACUGACUGACAACAAUGCUUGGAUGGUUGGGGGUGACUUUAAUGUCACUGCUGAUUCUAUGGAGAGUUCUAACAAUGAGAAUGGACAUUUCACUCCAGAAAUGGAAGACUUGAGAAACUGUUUGACAAGUCUGGGCUUAGUGGAUCACCCCUACUUUGGGCCUGUGUUCACUUGGUCAAAUAAACAUGAAGAGGGUUUCAUAGCUAGGAAACUUGAUAGAGUUAUGGUCAAUGAUCAAUGGUGUGAGGCGUUUCCAAACUCUCAUGUGGAGUUUCAAGCCCCUGGAGUUUCUGAUCACUGCAUGGCAGUAGCUUGGCACACUCAUGAGAGUCUUGCUUCAAGACCAAAGCCCUUUAAAUUUUUUAAUUUCUGGGCUUUGCACCUUGAUUUUAAGGAGGUGGUGGGGCUAUCUUGGACUGAGGCUGCACUGGGGGAUCCUAUGCAAGCCCUGUUUUAUAAAUUGAAGAGAUUGAAGCCUAUAUUGAAAGCCCUUAAUAAAAGAUGCUACUCUGACGUUUCUAAGAAAGUUGCUGAUAAAAGGGAACAAUUAGAGAAGCAGCAGAUUGUGAUUCUUACUGGAGGGAAUUCAAGUGAUAUGGAAAAUGAAAGGAAACUAGGCCAAGAGCUGAAUGAAUUAGAAAAGGCUGAAAGAUUAUUCUAUCAGCAGAAGGCUAAGGUUGACUGGCUACUUGAUGGGGAUCAGUGCACUAAGUUCUUCCAUUCUCAGGUAGCAGUCAAAAGGAAGAAAAACACUAUUAGAGUCCUUGUUGAUGAUGAUGGGAAUAAAUUGGAAACUUUUGAUUCCAUGGCUGCAGAAUUGGUGAACUAUUUUACAAGGCAGAUUGGUUCUAUUGAUGACAAUGUGUAGGGGUGUUCUGAUGAAUUUUUGAAGGAUUUGUUGGGGUACUCCUUUCCUGAAGGUGCUAGUGAAGACUUGACUAAAUCUGUUACUAAUGAUGAGAUUAAAAUGGCUAUCUGGAAUCAAGGCAAGGAUAAAGCCCCUGGCCCUGAUGGUUACACUGCUGGUUUCUUUCAAUCUGCUUGGGACAUAGUUGGAGCUGAUUUUAUAGUUGUUGUUAGGUAUUUUUUUAAAACCUCUAGAUGUUGCCUGCUUUUAAAUCUAUUGUUGUUGCAUUAGCUCCUAAGAAGCCUAACUCUUGUAAAGCAAUGGACUUUAGACCCAUAUCUUGUUGCACUGUAUUUUACAAGACUGUUACUAAAAUAUUGGUGAGUAGACUGGUCAAGUACCUUCCUGAGAUGAUUACUCUCAACCAGUCAGCCUUUGUGAGGGGAAGAAAUAUUGAAAGUAAUACUCUCUUGGCUCAAGAGCUUGUUAGAGGGUAUGGCAGGAGCUCUAUUUCCCCCAUAUGUGCCAUAAAAGCUGAUUUACAUAAAGCUUUUGACUCUUUGAGCUAGAAGUUUUUGCUUGCUGCUUUGAAGGGGUUGGGGCUACCUGACCAGUUUAGGAACUGGAUUGUGGCAUGUGUUAUGGACUCUAGAUUCUCUAUUGUUUUGAAUGGCAGUCUUGUGGGUUUCUUCAGAGGUAAAAGAGGAGUUAGGCAAAGGGACCCUCUUUCCCCUUACUUGUUUUUCAUAGCUAUGAACAUCCUAUCCGAAUUGUUGAACACUGCUACCUUAGAAAAAAUAUUCCAGUUUCAUCCUAAGUGCAAAAGAGUACAUUUAACUCACUUAUGUUUUGCAGACGAUCUGCUUAUUUUUUGCAAAGGUAGUUUGGACUCUAUAGUAGGAGUUUAAUGUGUAUUGGAUAGGUUCUAUGAGAUGUCUGGGAUUAGGCUUAAUGCCUCUAAGACUGAAGUUUUCAUUGUUGGUGUGAAUGGUAAUCAAAGGAGUUUGAUUCAAGAGAUCACUGGAUUUACUAUAGGUUGCCUUCCAGUAAGAUACUUGGGGGUUCCUCUUGUCCCCAGGAAGUUGAUUGAGAAAGAUUGUGCUAGUUUAGUGGAGAAAGUUAAAGCAAAGUUGGAGCUUUGUUCUAACAGAUGGCUGAGUUAUGUAGGUAGACUGUAGCUGGUGAAGGCUAUUUUGUUCAGCAUUGCCAACGUCUGGUGAAGGCAACUAAUUUUGCCUGCUGCUGUUGUUAGGAGAGUGAACCAGCUUUGUGUCAGAUUCUUUUGGAAAGGAGGGGAUGUCCCAGCUAAGGGAGCUCGUGUGAGCUGGGAGUUUAUCUGUACUCCUAAGUCUGAGGGGGGCUUGGUCUUAAGCAUUUACAAUGCUGGAACAAAGCAUGUAUUAUGCUAUUGGUAAAGGAAUUGCUUAUUGCUGAGGGAUCUUUAUGGGUUGCUUGGGGUGAGAUCUUAUGUUCUUAAGGGGGUGGACUUCUGGUCUAUUGAGAGCAAGCCUUCUUUCAGUUGGAGUAUGCGGAAGAUCCUGAAAACCAGAGAUGACUUACAACCUUUGUUCUUAGGUACUAUGAAUUGGGGCAUGGUAAAUGCUCGCUGGAUAUGGCAGGAGAUUAGGGGGAGAAGUGUGAAGGUUGAUUGGCAUAAGAUUAUUUGGUUUCCAAUGCACAUACCAAAACACUCGCUAAUUGCUUGGAUGGCUAUUUUAGAUAGGCUGCCAACUACUGAUAGACUUGCUCAUUUGAGAAUUGAGGUGAAUGAAAAGUACAGAUUGUGUGAAGUUGUGCCUGAGACUCGUAGUCAUAUUUUCUUUGAAUGCUCGUUCUCGAAGGCUAUUUGGGAGGGAAUUGCACGACUGUGCAACGUUAACAGAGCUGUGGGGACUUGGGAGGAGGAGUUGAGCUGGGCAAUUUCUCGAUUUAAAGGAAAAUCUUUCCCUGUGUUUAUCCUUAGAGUUGCUUGGUGUGCUUACAUUUACUGUGUUUGGGAGGAGAGGAAUCAUAGAUAGAUUAGGGGGAUUAGUAGAGAUAUUGUAAAUGUGAUAAAUUGUAUUAAAAAGAUAGUUAGAGUAAAAGCUGCUAGAAUAGUGAUUAAGAGCAGUGUGAUUAAUUGUAAUCUUUGCCUUGCUUGGGGGAUUGCUACCUCCUAGAAGGUUUGUUUUGGU